UCUUGUACGCUGAGAGCUGAUUCCUGCAGCUGAGUCACAGAGUCAGAAAGGCACUUUCUCCUGAGGCUCUUUCCUGGUUGCAUUUUGGUUUGUUCUCUGAUGUUUUGUUUUUAUUGAUAAAUUAAACAAUUAAAUUUGAAUUCAACUGCUUUCUGUUAAGCCAGCUGAUCUCUAAUUAGUCUACACUGUUGCCUCAUAGUUGGAAUUGGGGACUGGAAUCAGGGCUCAAUUUGCCGUAAAUCACUUAUUCUCUCAGGUUUCCCAUCUGUAGAAUAAUCUCUGCUUCUCACAGGAGUUAUGAGAGUUAAUGUGAGUUUGCAAAGUGCUUUGGGAGUUCUUGGAUCAGAGGUGCUAGAAAGUGAAAAUGAUUCCCUCUGUGUUGCACACCACCUGCUUUGGCCAGGUUAUCUCAUAGCUGCUCGUCAUGCUCCUUUUAAACACAGUGUGCAGGCAUAAUCAUUGGAUCACCAAGCUUUUCUGACCUGAAAUGAGCAGGCCUUUCAAACUUGCCAGAUUCUAGCAAUCCCAUCCAGGUCAUCUCUGAGCAUAUCCUACAACAGGAUGGUUCCCAACCACUGCUAGAUAUCACUAGUGCUGGCAAUCUAAGCUUUAGUAAUCAGUCUUCCCCUUCCCAAUCUUAAUGAUAAACCACUGGGCCAGGCUCUCAUACAAUGUCACUGCCAACCUCCCAUCCAGCUGUGCACCCUCAAACCCACCAUAGAGUUUGGACCUGGAUUCUGUUUUGGCUCAUGCACCCUUAUCAGAAUUAUUCAUUGAGUUCCCAUUGCAAAAUCUUUUUCAUUGGCAAUGCGUGAGCCAUAGACAACCUGCUUGAUUUUCAGAUACCAAGAUCAAGUUUGCAGGCCUGGCAAUUAGAAAAAUAAAAUCUUUUGGAUUGCAAAGUGAGCAUAACUGAGCAACAAACACAGAACCCCACUCUGUCAUUUUUACAGUCACUUCUCAACUGUACCUUAUUGCCAUUAAUAACAGCAAGCUAGAAACCUGCCUUUGUGACCAAAAUUUGUAACCAGUUCCAUAAUCAAUGAUGAUCACCUCCUUGACAUGCACACAGUUAUUCCUUCUAACUGACAGAACAGGGCAAAUACCCUAAUAUCUACUUCCCAGCAGACUUCCCCACAUGCCAAUUCCAUGCUGUCAGCAGGUAGCUCCAAAGCCAGUUACAUAUCCAAAUUGCAUGUUCAUGUUUUACCCCUAACCAAGAGCCACACUUAGGAAUUUCCCAUUGGGCAAAGUUAUUCCAAAUGCAUAAAACAGCCUCCUCAUCUGUAAGAGAUUUCUGGCUGAAUUAUGUCACAGUAAAUAAAAGGUCUGGUUCUCCAGGGCCUGGACCUAGUGACCUCAUCUACACCAGUGUAAAGUGGUGAUGAAAUGCUGCCAAAUCAGGAUUCUCCACUCACUUGUACCAUUUCAUGCCUACUUUGCAAAAGGGCACAGGGUGACAAGAGAUUCAAACCCAAAGCCCUUAGGAAGGCUAAGGAUACCAACCUCUCUGCCACCAAACAGAACGAUAGGUUCGCAACUCAGAUGGUUGCCUCAUGGUUAUUUAGAAAUGAAAUCCAUCCCCAUGUGGCAUCCCAGCCCUUUGCCUGGAGUUCUACCACUUGCAUCCAGACGUCUAUUACAAAAGUCAACCAGGCUAAAGGACAUUUUCCUCUUCAGCUUAGCUCAAGGCUGAAUCUUCAUGAUGAACAUCUGCCAUUGCCCUCUUUGGUCUGAGCUUUGCAUUUUUCUGGGUGACAUCUUCACACAGCUGAAUGUCUUUUGGAAAACACCAUUGCAGAUGGUUAGUGAGGGAUGUGCCAUUGCUUUUCUCUUCAGUUUUAAUAUUUCUAAUAAAACCAAACACAAAAUCAACUUCCCUUUUGCAUUUCCUUGUGAACUGAUGUGAGAUGCUGGACUAAGGGUCCUACAUAAGCAAGCUCCGUAGGACCCUGACAUUGGGGCUCCACUCUGGCCUUGAGUGGACCGUCUCUGGGAGCAAGACAGGAGUUAAUUCCUUAGGCCCCCUGAAGCUGUGCCCUCUCUGCUGAGAUGGAUGAUUUAGCUGCCAGUUAUAAAGGUGAUUUUGGGAUGCUGACACCUGCCCACUCAGUACUGAACUGGGGCUACUGCCUCAUUUCAGACAGGGCAUCAGACGCCUUCAGUUGGAAACAAUGGACCAGAGCUGCAUUGCAGCCAGCAAUCUGGCAUGUGAAAGGCUCUGUAUCCCAUCAGUAACCUUCCCCCGAGCUGUCCAGUUCCCUAAUCUGCACCAUUAAAGACAGAAGUAGAAGUGAAGGAUUUUGCUUCAGACUGAUAAUGCUGACUAGAUCUCUGGUGCACUGUACCUAGUCUGAUCUCACAACACCGAUGUAAAGCUGGAGUAACUACAUCACAUCAAUGGAGGACAGAAUGAGAUGCUCUGGAUCUAGCCCAGGAGGAGUAAGGGCUGUGAGAGUCAGGGCUGCGGGCAGGAUUUAUGGGAUUGCUGUCCAGCUUCCCCCAGGGCCAUGCACUCCUUUCACUGGAAUCUCAAUGCUGUCAUGGCACUGAGGUCAGAAUGCUGAAAUAAAGGAAGGGCCAGGUCCAAUGGUCAAGGUUUCUGGUGGUAACCCUUAUACUCCUGCCUCAAAUCAAGUCUUUGGCAUGCAUUCUCCAUUGCAUGCACCUCAUUUGCCUUCAGACGGAGUGAGGUUACAGAAUGUGCAUGUGGGAACUGUGGAAGUUUUGCCCCAGCAAUUUCUCUGGGUAGGUCAGAACGUAUGGAGUCAGCCAGCUGUAGCCGGCACCUGUGUUUUUGGCUGAAAGGCACUGAACUGGUGGACCCCGCCUCCUUCCCUGCUCCUCCUCUAAUCUUGGUUUAACACAACAGCAUACACAGCUGUUAAAAGCUCACAAUCAACGCAGAAAGAAAAGAGCUAAAGGCAAAGGUUAUUUUUCAUCAAGAAACAGCUCGGAGCGGAGUCAGAGAGGGACUUUGAUCCUCAGGGGUAGAAUUGCUGAAGCCCAGCUCUGCGCAGACGUUAGGAGGAGCGGAGGAGUAUAAAAUCCAAGCCCAUUCCAGUGGUAAACUACUUUUUACAGAGUCUUCUUCCUUCAACCUUUUCCUUGGAAGGAUGCAGCCUCAAGACACACGUGUUCAGUACAACAGGUGGAACAACAGCAGUUGUGAUGAAGUCAGUGUGAACACAUCCACUGCCGAGGUGUCAGGAUGUAAAAGAAUCUACACGAAGCUGUGCACUGGGAAAAUCGGCAUUGCAGUUAAAGUGAUUGGAGGAAACAUCCUCUUCUGGAUGGUUUUUGUCGUUGGCUAUGUGACAGGUUACUAUGUGCACAAGUGCAAGUAGAAGUAACAGUGAAAUUCACCGGCAGGACCCAGGCCUGGAUUUCUCUGGUGAGGUAAUCCCAAACCUCCCUGUCCAGUUCCCACCCCCAAUCAGGCAAGUCAGCAAGCAUGCAUGCAAGAUGCAGGAAUCUUCACUAUGUGUGGUAUGAGCACACAAAGGAACCAUCAGGAUUAGGGAGGUGCAUAGAAUGAGUGCUAGAUGCAGCACUUCUUGCACUUCUUGCUGCCUACCAGAGAACCAAUCUCAGCUGAAGGCACAACAAAGGCAAAGGAGGAACUAGAAAUGGAUGUGCUCUCCCUCAUGAAUCAGCAAAAUGUGCUGUUUCCAAAAUCUGUCUCUGCUGCCAAAAUGCCCUGUAUUGCAAUAAGAACAGCUUCUUGGUCCUGCGGUUUCCAUCCCUGCCCCUUGUGACACACCCAUCAGCAGGGGAUCUGGGUACUGGUUUUGCAUGGGCAUGUUUUCUAUGAGCUUCUUAAUGGCAUCUGCAUAUCUCCUGGCACAUCUGUAUGCAUGUGAAAACACCUGUUUUGUGAGCACAUAAUGGGUAGUUGUGUGAGCAAACCCAUCACUGGGCACCCAACCUGUUUGUGCACCUAAUUAAAGUCUCCUGCAGGUGCAAUCAGAAUUCCUUAGCAGUCACUGGAGCCCUUUGUUGAUCAGUGGGUCGACACACCCACUUCUAUUUGACUAUGACUUUUCAGGAGCAAGGUGCUGCUCCCUUACAUUUGGGAUCUUUCUCUUUUCAAGCCCUUAUUUCUACCCUACACUUUACUAGGGGCUGUGAGUGCCGUGCCUGGAUUCAUAGGACUUGCUGAACUAACCUUUGAAACUUCUUUAUGCUCCAUCAGUCAUGUCAUCCAGGAAGAUUAAAGGCUUUUGCACACAACCCCUCUACUAACUCUUCAGGAAGGCUGCAUGCCAGCUCCCAGUGUAGUUAAGUUCAUUAUAAACCAGUGUGAUGGGAACCUUUAUUUUAAUUAGCACCUCAUUGGCUUCCCCCUACGAAGGAACCUGUUGCUCUUUGUAAUCAUGUUAAUGUUUCCUUUAGAAAACUCUUUUCAAGGCCUGGGGCUCUCACACAGCCUAUUUUAUAGGAUUUUCAAACUGUGCAGCAGGCGUAUAAAGUUCUGUAUAUUUCUGCAUCAGAGUCAAAUUAUUUUAAGCAAUAAAAAGCAGAUUUAAAGCCAA